UUUCGGUCAGGAGUGCACUUAAAAAAAAAAAAAAUCUAACUAAAAAAAAAUCAAACCAAGGUGUGAGCAAAGUUGAGACUGGCGCAUUUUAAUUUGGCAUCGGUGUUACUUUAAAGACUGAUCUGUGGUCAGGUUGAAUCGAGCCAAGGCUAAAAGUGUGACAUUACAUCUGUUUUCACAGCUGUUUCUCAACACUAGCUAGUUUGAAGCCCCCUGAGCUGUACGGAUAUGAGAAACCUGACUCUGCUGCAGGCAGAUGCAAAUCCCAGGCUGGAUUGAAUGGCCCCGAGUAUCCAAGACUGACUCAGUGGGAGUACUGAAAUGACCAGCCAGUAUCCUAGCCAUGGAGAGAGAUCCCCGGAUAAAAAGCCACCUGCCAUGGCCCCUAAACUCAAUGUCCAGCGAUCACCGUCAAAGGAGGCCAUUACCAUCCGCUUCUCAGCUCUUGGGAAGGAGGAAGAAGAGGAUGAAGAGGGUCUGUUCAUCACUGCCUCCUCUACGGCCUCAGCUCCUCUGGACGACUUAAAUAUUGUGACGGCUGUAGAGGCGAGUGAGGAAAUGUUUGAAGAGGCACCCUUGGAUCCUCCAGCUGCCGUUGGGGUCAUUCCUGAAUCCUCCAGGUUUUCUCCCAGCUCAAGUAAUCACACUAACCGUUCUCCGACACAAACCCUGUCUUCACAUGUUCCUGAGCAAAAGGCAUCAACAGCCAACUCUUCUCCCAUAAAAUCUCUGAGCUUUCCCUCCACCUUAGGCUUUGUAAAGUCACUACCCUCGGACGCCGAGUCCCGUGACGGGGCCUCCUCUGCUCCGACUUCUUCAUCAUUAAGACACAGGCAACUCAUGAAAAAUCUCGUCAAAUCCUUAUCGUCAGAUACGUCCCAAGACUCGUCGUCGUCUUCUACAUCCUACCGUCUUCCAGAGUCUCGCCUUAACCUUCAACUCAUAAAGCAAUUUGCACAGUCAAGGAUGCCGUCUGCUGCCGUGGCUUCAGUUAGCGAUUCGAAGACCGCCCCCUCCACGCCGUUAACGUCGCCAGACAACCGAAGUUUCUUUAAAGUCGCAGACGUCGAAGCGCGAUUCGAAGACACCAGGAGGCGUCUCACUGAAGCCAUUUCCGAACCACUCCAGCUGCUCAGUAAGAUCAUGGAUGAAAAGAGUAGUGGCAGCAUUCUUCGGGCUAAGGGGCUUUCUGCCAGUGCCACAGAGCUCUCCACCCUCACGUCUCUCAGCAGUAACCAGGAAAGCAACAACAACAACUACUGCAUCAAAGAGGAAGACGGAGGCGAUGUUGAGGGAGAAAGCCCCAACAGCUGGACCCCUGUUGCAGCCGAGUCACCUGGUGACCCAUCUGCUGACACUAAAAGCCCCAACAAACUAUCUUUACUUUCUAUGUCUGCUCUGGCCAAACAGGAGGAGGAGGACUUCUGCAUCCUGAGCAAUGAGGACUUUGAGUUUUGCACUGACACAGGAGGGGAAGUAAUUGAAGGAACCGAUAAUACUCGAACUCGUAGUCAACUGCCACUAAGUAGUAGUUUGGACCCAAGCUGUGAUGAUGAAUUGGACAGUUGUGAACCAGUACCUGAUGUCCCACACUAUACACUCGCUGUCCUUACUUUUCUGGUCUAUGGGUGCUUUGUAUUGCCACUUCCAAACUACGUUGGAGGAAUGCUGCUUGGGAUUGUACUAGGAUUCUUUAUAGCCAUCGGUGUUGUUUGGCUCACAGGGCCAAAACGAUCUGGAGGGGACAGGAGAUAUUCCAGAAACCACAGUAAGAUGUUGAAUGCCACUAAAUUGGAUGUUAAAGAACCAGAAACCUAUAAGGGCUGGAUGAAUGAGAUCUCGAACUACGACCCAGAGACGUACCACGCCACACUGACUCACUCUGUGUUCGUCCGCCUCGAAGGUUCCAUCAUUCGUCUUUCUAAGCCCAACCACAACAUUGCCCGCCGUGCCACACACAACGAACCAAAGUCUGACGUGAGCUUUGUCAGUCAGAAGAUCUAUGACCUCAGCAACAGCAAGGUCUACUUGGUGCCUCCAAAUCUAGCCAAGAAGCGAGUAUGGAACAAAAAAUACCCCAUCUGCAUUGAACUUGGUAGACAAGAUGACUUCAUGUCAAAGGCAGAAGAGGACAGGUCAGACGCCAGCGAGACCUCGUGUUCUGGGACUAAUGGCGAGGGAACCAGUGGCGCACUGGACCGACCGUCCUCCGUGUCUAGAAGAGACCUGACCGUCUUCCUGUUUGGGCGGACCGGGAGGGAGAAAGAGGAAUGGUUCCAGCGGCUUCUGUCAGCCUCCAAUGUCAGAGUGGACCUGAAGAAAGUUCCCUGUGUUGGGGCCAGUAAAAAAGCCUCAGCCUCUCACAGCCGCAGCAGUAGCCGCAGCAGUCUCGACGAAAUCCUGGCACCACAGCUAAAGUCAAGAGACUCAAUAACCUCUCUGACAAUGGCAGGCAGUGCCAAAAGCAAGCCGUCUUUAGACUACAGCGUGUACAUGGGCUCCUUACUGCCCAAACAGCAGGCAGCCAGUCUCACAUCUGCCAGCUCUGCUCAGAGUCUGCAGAGCACCCCCGGAGCUGAUAAAAAGUUUCAGAGCAACACUUCAGCUCAGGCGCAGCCCAGGGGAGAAGAGGAGGAUUCGGUUGCCUGGGUGAACGCAGCUCUCGGCAGGCUCUUCUGGGACUUCCUGACCGAGCCCUACUGGGGUGAACAAGUCUCCAAGAAGAUUCAGAUGAAGCUCAGCAAGAUACGACUGCCUUACUUCAUGAAUGAGCUAACCCUGACUGAACUGGACAUGGGCACCAGCACUCCCAGAAUCCUCGGAGCAUCUGCACCUUCUGUUGACUAUCGAGGUCUGUGGUUUGACUUGGAGCUCUCCUACAAUGGCUCCUUCCUGAUGACCUUGGAAACCAAGAUGAUUCUUAAUCGACUGGGAAAGGAGGGAGAGAGUCUCCGCCUGGGGGAGUUUGGCAAAGAUGGAUACAGGCCUCGGACAUACUGCUUAGCUGCUAGUGAUGAAGAGUCAUCCAGUGCAGGUUCAUCAGAUGAAGAAGACACCUCGGACCUUUCAAAUGAUUCAGCUGGAGCAGAAAGUCUGGUGGGCGGACAUAAACCGAGCAAGAUAAUGCGCUUUGUGGACAAGAUCGCCAAGUCCAAAUACUUCCAGAAGGCCACGGAGACGGAGUUUAUCAAAAAGAAGAUGGAGGAGGUGUCCAACACACCCCUCCUGCUCACUGUGGAGGUUCAGCAACUCAGAGGAACGCUGGCUGUCAACAUUCCUCCUCCUCCCACUGACAGGAUUUGGUAUGGCUUUAGGACUCCACCUCACCUGGAACUGAAGGCUCGACCAAAACUCGGAGAGAGAGAAGUAACUCUGGCUCAUGUUACAGACUGGAUUGAGAAAAAACUGUACCAGGAAUUCCAGAAAAUCCUUGUAAUGCCAAACAUGGAUGACGUAUGGCUGACUAUCAUGCACUCUGCCAUGGACCCUCGCACGGCUGGCGGACCUUUAGUCAGCCCACCGGAGAACGCAGAGCCGUCCUAGCAUGACACGGACGGCAACCAUCAGCCCUGGAGAUUGUUUACAGUAUUGCCUAAAGCAUCUGGAGUCUGAUAAUAAAAACUCAAGCCAAAGUCUUCAGGCACUGUUUUCACAGAAAGACAUUCCCCCCCAGUCGGUUACUGUCUCGCCUACCAGAAAAGAAUUGCUACAGUUUUCUAGGAACACGGUUAUGUAGACCAAGUAGAAACUAAUGGCAAAGUGUUGCUUGCUGCUAUGUAAACUAGUACUCCUCAAUGUAAGGAACUCAUUGAUGAGGAAUGCUUAUUUAAAAAUGAGCCAUGGUUGGCUCUUCGCUAAUUCCAGUACUCAAGGUAAUAAGAAGGAAUAUACUCUAUGAUUAUUAUAAGUAUGUCCUAUGAACAGAGAAACGGAGACGCAUUCACCAGAUACCUUACAGCUAGAUGGCUAGUUGACAGAAGAGGAGGGGAAGCACUGCAGUUUCCCUUUUUUAGAAAUGCAGCACAUUUGAAUUUAUAGUAAAGCAUGGGAAAUAUCAAACGUUUGUUUUCCAAAAGACCUGAAACCUUACACAUUGUGUUUUGGUCGGGUAUUAAUAUACAGUAUUUCUUUGUUUGCUGUGACCAGACCUGAGCACCCUGUACAACUGCCAAACCCUUCUUUUUUUAUUUUAUUUUAUUGCCACUGAUGCCAUUAUCAGUGCUUCAUGGGCUAACAUAUGAUACUUUAUGAAGACUACGUGAAAAAGUGUGCCUGCUAGGGGGUAAAAUACUUAUAACACUUGAUUGAAUGUAUGUCGGGAAGCUUUCGGGUCCCUUUUUUUUUUUUCGUAGCUGAAGUCAGUUUUUACCCAGUUAAAGUUUGGCUGGGUUAUGCAAACAAUUGCACAAGUUUUUUUCUGUUCCCCCAUAAUAAACACAAUCUUACUUUGCACAUCUUUUUCCAGACGUGUCAGAUAAUCAGUGAAGCUACUGGAGGUAGCACGUAUGUACCUUUUUUCAUACAUCACAUGUUGAUGUUGGGAGAGAAAUGUUAUUGACCAACCUGAAAUGUGCUUUUAAAAGACUCUACCUGCCAUACUGUACGUAAACAGACGGUACACCCAACAUAUGAAGGACAUUUGCUUGCCAAGUGUGUACCUAACAUGUUCCCUUUUCGGAAGAAACGCUUCUAAACCAAAGUCCUUUAGGGUCAGAUUCCUGUGUUAAAUCGAUAAAGCAUUAUUGGCUCAUACUUAAGUGUGCUAUAAACGUGAAUCAACUUUGUUUACAGGAAUUCUUACAGUUUUGUUUUACUUUAGUUCGGUGAAGCACCAUAACAAUGAUUGUCUUGGUAAUCCUUUUUUUUUUUUUUUUUUUUUGUGCCUUGAUUCCAGUUUACACAGUCAUUUGAAGAUGCUUAACGUGGGUUAUGGCUUCAGUUUUUUGUAAUUUUGUCAUUUAUAAGAAUGAAACAAGAUUUUUGAGUAUAUUAAUAAAGUAAUGUCAAUUGAUAAUUAAUUUUGACAAUUACUUGUAACGUUAAGGCCACUAUUGAAAUAUUGUGAUGGCCAAAAACGAUUUCACGUGUAUCUGCCUUAUUUAUAUAGCAAAAUAAAUCUGUUAAUGAUUGCUCUGA